UCCUCCCUAGCCGGCACGCUGUGUGUUCCCUCCGUCGUUUUUCAAAUAAUUUGUUUUUUCCGUACAUAUAGACCCAAAGGACAUGUUUCCGCAACGCAGCUCGGAGGUUUACCUUACUCCGGUUACCCACCAACCACCGCCGGCUCUGGAGCUGGCCGGGAACCUGGAGUACCCGAAUCUCAACGUUGCGGAUCUGAAUGCCCGCCUGGAGAACUUGUCGCCGCGACUCCACGACUGCUGGGACAGUAUUGCCAUCAAUGAGCACAACCAAGUGGCACUGGCCACCAACCGACGCGAAGGACGCCACUGGUGGGGCAUGUUCUUUGGCUACGGACGCAGCCAUAUGAACCACAUGACUGUGGAUACCGCUGACUUCAAGCUGCAGGCGGAUCACACGGUGAACCUGCUUCGAUAUGCCGAAAAUGAUGUCCUAUUGGUGGCCCUCGGCGAUACACGCCUCCAGGCCUGGUCCACUUACUCCAAGGUGCGCAAUCCGCAGUCGCCCUUCUGCCUCUUUCUCGUGGGCGAGUCCAGCGCCCAUCCGACGCCCAUUAGCCAGCUGAACGUCUUCAAGGCGGAUACCCGAAGAGCCGUCACCGCCUCAGCUGAUGGCACACUCAAUGUCUGGGAUCUUUCGGGUGCAGAUCUGGAGUGCUCCUACCAUUCACGCACCUCGCACACGGAUAAGUUGACCGGCCUAAGCACACCCUCAGCCUCGGUCGAUAAGUUUGUGACCUGUGAUCGCGGUGGAAGUGCCCUCCUCUGGGAUGUCAGGGCAGCGGCUCCGUCUUCUACGUGCCUGUACGCAGACUCCAGUCAUCUGCUGAGCUUCACGUGCGCCGCCUGGGCUGCUUCCACGGAGCUUCAGGGUGACAAUAACCUUUAUCUCGGCGACUAUGACGGAAAGGUUUAUACUCUGGACAUCCGAGUGCCGCGGAAACUGGUGGAAUCUCGAGAGUACUUUGACAAGGGACACGUCUCGCAACUUUUAAUAAAUGGGCCCUAUCUGACCGCCAUGAGCAAUUUUCCUUCUUCAGUGAAAGUGGCCAAUGUGCAGGCGGGCCAUGAGUUCAUCUACACGCACCAGGACACUCACUCUCGCACCACGGAUGCCGUUUGGACUGAUGAAAGCACCCUCGUCACCAUCGGACAUGGCCGCAAAAUGGUGACACAUUCGAUAAAGUAAUUUAGCUGGAGAUCAAUUUUCUUGUUUUUUUUUGCAUUUAAUUUUAUUAAAGCUAUAUUUUCUUUAUGCUUGACCUGAA